GAAGAUCGCAAGUAGUCGUCUCAUAAGUGUACGGAGGGGUUAUUCAUUCAACUAUCACCACUCUUCGAAAAUUAAACAACUAUGUUAUAUUCGUUCAUACAAGAGAUAUACACACGACCAGUAUAUCUAUCCGAUCCCGACGUUCUUCCACACUAUUCCAGUGCCAGCAUCAUCUUUUCGUAUGCAGCCAAAGAAGACACGAGACCUACAUUACCCAAACAGGAAUUGUCCCAGCCGGGGACCCACUGUUUCUGCUUGAAAGUGACUAGUUUCAUUUUUCCACCUUGGUCCUCCUCUUUCUGUCUUUUAUUUUCUCUUUUUUCUUUCCCUUCCUCCUUUUUUUCAUUUUUUUUUUGUUCUAUUUUUUGUUUGUUCGACGGGGCGGGCAAACCUGACAAACUGUUCUCUUUUCAUCCGGGACCCACCCGCUAAGAAAACAUGGGGAUACCACUUUUCAUCUGCGCCGUUGUGCCAGCAACGGUAGGUUGUUCGGGUGUGGUUUAGGUGUAAUCAAAACUCCAAUUCGUAGGUUGCUGGUUGGGC